CCACGCGCCCCGCGCCCGCCUACGACCCCCGACACCCGCGAUUCCCAGCACCCGCCACCCCCGGCAGCCACGGUCCCCAGGACCCACGACGCCCGCAACCGCCUCCCAGCGACCGGGGACUGCGGGGCGGGGCGCGGAGACGCGGCCUGCCUCACCCUCGGGGGGCCUGGACUUGGGGGUCCGCAGAAGCCCCCGAAGCCCCUGCCCGGCUCUAGGACCCGGGGGCUCCAGAAAAGACGCCGAGCGAAGUUUUUCUGGAGUCCGCUCGGCUUCUCAUCUUUCCCUCCCCGCCUCCUGGCCCAGCCUCCGCCCCGGGGACGGGGGACCUCGGGGACCCGGGGGCGGGGUUCCUGUGGAGCAUUCCUGGACUCAGCCCUCCCGCCCGUCCUGCACCCCGCCCGCCCGGCCAGCUCAGUGUCCCCAGCCCCCCUUCCACGUGGACUGGCCAGGGUGGAGGUGGGGGACAGGAAGGGGGGGAGCCAGCCCCGGGAAGCGGGGGCCGCUGCCUCGGCCUCUGCUCUGCCCGCGUCCGCGCCGGCACCAUGCUCCGCGCGGGCCUCCCCGGCCGGUGGCCCCUGCUGCAGGCCCUGCUGGCGCUUCAGGCCGUGGGGAGGGCUCUGGGCCGUGCCAGCCUGGCCGGGGGCCCCCUGGAAGACGUGGUGAUCGAGCGGUACCACAUCCCCCGGGCCUGUCCCCGCGAGGUGCAGAUGGGGGACUUUGUGCGCUACCACUACAAUGGCACUUUCGAGGAUGGCAAGAAGUUUGACUCCAGCUACGACCGCAACAGCCUGGUGGCCAUCGUGGUGGGCGUGGGGCGGCUGAUCACGGGCAUGGACCGCGGGCUCAUGGGCAUGUGCGUGAACGAGCGGCGGCGCCUGGUGGUGCCCCCGCACCUGGGCUACGGCAGCAUCGGCGUGGCGGGGCUCAUCCCCCCCGACGCCACCCUGUACUUCGACGUGGUGCUGGUGGACGUGUGGAACCAGGCGGACACGGUCCAGGUGAGCGUCCUGCUGCGGCCGCCGCUCUGCCCGCGGAUGGUGCAGGACGGCGACUUCGUGCGCUACCACUACAACGGCACCCUGCUGAACGGCGCGCCCUUCGACAGCAGCUACAGUCGGGGCGGCACUUACGACACCUAUGUGGGCUCGGGCUGGCUCAUCAAGGGCAUGGACCAGGGGCUGCAGGGCAUGUGUCCGGGAGAGAGGAGGAGGGUCACCAUCCCCCCGUUCCUGGCCUAUGGCGAGAAAGGCUACGGGACCGUGAUCCCCCCCCAGGCCUCCCUGGUCUUUCACGUCCUGCUGGUGGAUGUCCACAACCCCAAGGACACGGCGCAGGUAGACACGCUGGCGGUGCCGGCCGACUGUGUGCGGAAGGCGGCCGCCGGAGACUUCAUGCGCUAUCACUACAACGGCUCGCUCAUGGACGGCACGCCCUUUGACUCCAGCUACUCCCGAAACCACACGUACAACACCUACAUUGGGCAGGGCUACAUCAUCCCUGGCAUGGACCAAGGCCUGCAGGGCGCGUGCAUGGGCGAGUACCGCAGGAUCACUGUGCCCCCGCACCUGGCCUACGGGGAGAACGGCACCGGAAACAAGAUCCCUGGCUCCGCUGUGCUCGUCUUCCACGUGCUUGUCAUUGACUUCCACAACCCCUCGGACCCCGUGGGUAUCGAGACCCUGUCCCGGCCCGCGGAGCCCUGCAACGAGACCUCCAAGCUCGGCGACUUCAUCCGCUACCACUACAACUGCUCGCUCAUGGACGGCACCAGGCUGUUCUCCUCCCACGACUACGGGGCCCCCCAGGAGGCCACACUGGGGGCCAACAAGGUGAUCGAGGGGCUGGACAGGGGACUGCAGGGCAUGUGUGUGGGGGAGCGGCGGCGGCUGGUGGUGCCCCCGCACCUGGCGCACGGGGAGAGCGGAGCCCGCGGGGUGCCUGGCAGCGCCGUACUGCUGUUCGAGGUGGAGCUGGUGUCCCGGGAGGACGGGCUGCCUGACGGCUACUUGUUCGUGUGGCACGAGGAUCCUCCCGCCAGCCUGUUCGAAGACAUGGACCUCAACAAGGACGGAGAGGUCCCCCUGGACGAGUUCUCCGUCUUCAUCAAGGCUCAGGUGCAGGAGGGCAAGGGCCGCCUGCUGCCCGGGCAGGACCCCGAGAAGACCAUCGGGGACAUGUUCCGGAACCAGGACCGCGACCAGGACGGCAGGAUCACGGCCGCGGAGCUCAAGCUGAAGUCGGAGGAGGACCAGGAGCGCGUCCACGAGGAGCUCUGAGGCCCCCGCUCUCGGAGACAGCGGCAGCGGGACUGUCCUGCCGCAGCGCCCCUCUGCCGGGGGACCCGGAGCCGUGGGAGGCGUCACGGCGGGCACCGGCCCCAGCCCCAGCCCCAAGACGCGGGCUCACAGCCCACGGGGUCGCAGUGUGGGGCUGGCCCUCUUGCGGGUCACCAGGGUCUUGGCAGGACGCGGCCCCAUUCGUUACCGUCCCACUGGCUGCCGCGCGCAGCGCCCGGGGCCGGGCUCCCGGGAAGGGGCUGCUGGGCUCACCGGCCCCUCGCUCCACAACCCCUCGACCCGCCGGGGCACGGGUCAGGCUGGGCUCUGCGCCCCUCCCCGACCCCGUGAGAAGGAGCCCAGAAAGGCCCUGUGCGGGCAGACAAGCCUGUGCAUGGCCUCGGGGCCAGGAGAGACAUCUCCGCUAGCUCUGCACACUCAAGGGCCGAACUGUGUUCACUCCCUGCCCCGUGACAAAUAAAAGGUUCAACCACA